GUCGUCAGCACUCGCUCGCCAACCCUUCUCUCGCCCCCAUUCUGCUCUUCAACGUGCCUCUCUACCAGCUCUUGUUUCCCUUAUGCAGUAGCAAUUAUUUACUUUUUCAUCCAUUGGGAUUGCUGCCAAACCCACCUAUGCUAUCCUGGCCCGCCUGAAACCUUACCUCCUCCUCGUUAACAUCAUCAUCACUGCACUGGACGUCUCUGCUCACGACCACAGCUGGCUGCUCAAAGUUGACCGAAUUUUGCCUUCACGGUGCCAUACGCCCAAACCACAGCCAUGAACCCUCAUCAGCAGAAUAAGAUCGACAUCAAUUCUCUGAGCCCCGAUGAACAGCGUCUUUUGCGGCUGUAUGGGAAAAUUCCAAACAAGAAAGACCUGCUCCAAAAUAAGCUGAAGGAACGAAAAUAUUUUGACUCGGGCGACUAUGCUCUUAGCAAAGCCGGCAAAGCAUCCGACGUUGGAGUUACCAGCAUCGGUUCCCGUCAUCCUGUCCCGGAAAAUAUCCCUCACCUGACUGCAACCUCACCUCCCCAAGCAAGCCCCAUUCCCGGACAUUUCAAUGGUCAUUCCCCAACCCAGACUGGCGGAGCCCAUAACGGGUUACCCGUCGGGAUGAGCCGUAGUCCGAUCCGAGAAAGUAACUUCCCACACCGAAAGUCGAGUCUGGGAGAUAGCGGGCUCGGGGAGGAGGGCCAGAAAGAGAGGUCCAAAGACGCUGGUGAGGGUCUUACUAGUGCUGAAGCGCGCAAUCGUGACACCAAAGAAGGGAGCAUAAGUCCUCCACGAGUCACAGGCGGUUUGCCAAUUCGGAGAUAGUCUUGAAGUUCCCCCGGCGUAAAGUGAAAGGGGAGAGAAUUUGGCUACAAUCUUGAAGUUGGUGGUAUGAUUUGCUUAUUGAGAUGGCAACCGUUAAACAGUUCUUUGCACUGGGUGAUUCAUAUGGAGUACCGAAUGGGUAUGGAUAUAUCGUGGGUGUCUGCUUGUGGAAUGCUGAGUGGUCAGUGAGCUUUCCAGGGCUGUGAGCCUGGAAUCUCGUUGUGGAGCUCGUUUGCCUUUUAUCCUUACUGUUACUUCUCCCUUCCUUAUCCCAUAUCUAAAAGACCCUCGCAUGUCCUCAACAAGCUGUCCA